AUGGCUAGCUCACGCCGCCCGCAGUGGUCUACCGUGCUGAACAGCGUCAAGAAGCAUCCACUCACCCUGCAGGAGUUGGAGGACAGUCACAGUGACCUGUCAUCUGCGCUGCCAGAUCCAGACGAUUACAUGGAUCUUAUGGAAGUCACGGGGCGCAUCUUGGAGCUUUAUUCCAACAUUUCACAGGACAACGACACAACCUGUCAGGUCCUCCGCACAUUUCAGUCAGAGCUGCGGAAACGCGGAAGAUUAGUUUUGAUGACUGAAAUCAAGACCAUCGGCACAGACAAGCCAAAACUCGCUUCGCUCGCGCGAUACCUAUCCGACAACAUUCUCAAGCCGCCUACGGACUUCAUCAAUGAUCUUGCGGCCACUGUCGAGUCGUGGAACAGAAAUCGACAAAGCACCCUCAAGCAAGAUAUUCUCAAACGAGACGGAUUCAGAUGCGCAUUUUCUCACAUUUACGACAGCGAGAGUGCUGAAGAUGGUCUUGUUCAGCCGUAUGAUGGCGCACGCAUUGCAGAGACAGAACUUGCGCACAUCAUGCCCAUUGGACUUAGCCAGUUCAACGAGGCUGAUGAUCGUGAGAAAGAGGCGGUCGCCAGUAUCUGGAAUGCCUUAUACCGGUACUUUCCCGAGUUGAAAGACAGGAUUGGGCCAGAGGACCUCAAUCAGCACGCAAAUCUCAUCACCUUUGAGCACAGUGAUUCAUAA